CCGACGAACGCGCGACGCUGCGCGCGGAGUUGGCCAAGUGGCGCGAGGACUUUGGAGCCAAGGCCGCCGCCCGAGGUGUGCUGCCCCGCGCUGCCAAGCACAUGAACCCGUUGGAGGCGGAAACGGACGCGCUCCAGCGCUUCUACGACAACAAGCUCGCGAUUGAGGAAGCCCGCCGCAACAACCCCGAAGCCACGUUCGACUACAACCACCCGUUCGCUCUCAUGACGCAAGCCGAGUUCAAGGCGCACGUGCGAGGCGUGAUGUUCAAGGAAAGCCGCAGCGCGUUCCGCUCGGUCCGGUCGGUGCAGCUGAACGUGUCCGCUCCCAAGGCGGAAUCGGUGGACUGGACCACGGGCGACUGUGUCAACCCCGUUCGCGACCAAGGCCAGUGCGGGUCGUGCUGGGCCUUCUCCGCCGUGGGAGCCGCCGAGCCCGCGCACUGCAUCGUGACGGGAGAACUGCUCGACUUGUCCGAGCAACAAGUGACGAGCUGCUCGACCGACGCUGGCAGCGACGGCUGCAACGGCGGCUGGCCGUACGCGGCGCUCACGUACGCGUCCACGACUGGGCUGUGCUUGGAGAGUGACUACCCCUACACGUCGGGCGACUCGAGCAUGACCGGCUCGUGCGACAGCAGCUCGUGCACCGUGCAGCAGCUCAGCAUUGGCGAGACCGUCCGCGUGUCGGGCGAGGAGGCGUUGGACACGGCGCUCAACACGCAGCCCGUGUCGGUGAUUGUCGAAGCGGGCAACUCUGUGUGGAUGAACUACCGCUCGGGCAUCAUCACGCAAUGCCCUGGCGCGGAAUCGGACCACGCCGUCGUGGCCGUGGGGUACGACGAUUCGUCCUACAAGCUCCGCAACUCGUGGAGCACCAGCUGGGGCGAAGACGGGUACAUCCGCAUCAAGCGCGGCGAGAGCGGCCUCGGCAUGUGCAACGUCGCCGAGGACGUCGUGUUCCCCCAGAUUGGCGACGGCCCCACGCCGACCGUGUCGCCGUCUCCGACCAAGCCCACGACCAGUCCCUCGCCCACGUCUGCCCAGCCUGACGUGUGUGAAAACUGCAGCGGAUGCUACUACCCGGCCGGGGACAUGUGUUUGCCGGAUGAGUACACCAAGGAGGACUGCGACUACUACAGCGACGAGUUCGGCGCGGUGUGGUGCGGCCCUUAAUCUCGCGUUCGCCGCUAGUGUAUCUUUGUAAGAGUAAUUUGUGAUUAUUUUGUGAGCUUGUUUCGAUCGGCCAAUUCGAAAUGUUCUGUCGGAGCGAGCAUGCGUGGCGGUUGAAUUGCACGCUACUUCCGGGGUCGAUGAAAUCAGUGUGU